AUGAGUUCCACUACAUCCAGAUCUACGGGCGACUUGGCCGCAAAUCCCCCAAUGUUCUCCUACGCCCAGGCCGCGAAGGGUCGUGCUGCUGCAACAGCACCUUCCAGUGCCACCUCAAAUCAGGCCACAUCAGGGGUCAGCACGCCUGCAAGGGAUCCUCACUCUACGGUUGAUACACCUCUCGGUGGCUCUGAGAGGGGCGACCAGAGUGUGAACGGAGGCAGUGAUGUUCCGCAUAGGGCCGAACAGUCCGGGAAUGCCUCGACUGCCGGAUCGAGGACAGCAGCUUCGACAAAAUCCAUUUCGCGACCUGCUUCUCCAAGCGCUCUCACGGCCUCGACCUCCACGCUCCCAAUCGAGGACAAGGAGGAGUUUACAUUAGUUGGCGGUAGUACACCGGAUUCUACACGAGACCGGAAUUCACAUAAUGGAAACUCGGCCGAGAAGGGUGCCGAGACUCCCGAAGGAAGAAAAAGCAAGAAAGGAAAGAAGCAAAAGAAUGCCGAGAAGGAGGCUGCAGACAAGGAGAAAGAUGAGGUGAAACAACCCGAAAUUCUUGUUCCUGCUCCAUUGCCGACUUUCAACUUCUGGCAGCUGCGAAAGGAGGAAGCAGCAAAGUCUAAACCAGCUUCGGCUGCGGCUCCAACCCAAGCAACUUCAGGCCCACAGAGCUCCAACGACAACUCCAGAAGCCCCCAUAUGAAGAGACGAGGGAAGCCCACGGGCAUUGACGAGAACGACAAGCCUGUUGGCGUCGCACAAAAUGGUGGAGUCAAAGACCCAGCUUCUAAACAGAGGAAGAGCAGUGAAGGAGGCAAGGCCAAGGAUGAUCAAUCUCCGAAGAGUAGAGGCCCGCGGGGUAGUAGAGUGGGCGAGAAAGAUGAGAAAUCGUCCGCUGGUCAACUGCCGCCGCCUGUUGAAGAUGCGAUGUCUUGGCCAACUCCAGAGACUGCACUCGAGGAAGAGAAGCGGAAGGCUCAGGACAAGUUCGAGAAAGAGGAGAAGGAUGACAUCGCCUCGAAUAAGCCACGCCAGAAGGAGAAGUGGGUUCCGGUACCAUACGUGCCAUCCGUUGCAUUCAACACUCCACUGCCUCCACGAGGCGGAAGAGGUCGAGGAGGAGCUCGAGGUGGUCGGACAGAGGCUGGUGGUCGUUCAACGCAUGCAGCUAAUGCUGGAUCCACUGGGGAGAAACUAGCAAGUGCCUCUACCACUCUUGCUCCUUCGCCAUCCGAGUCGGAUAAGCGCAUGAAUAGAGGUGAUGCUCCUAGAGCGGCUUCGCUUCCUCCAAACUCAUCGAAGCGGCAAGCAGCCGACGCCUCUGGUACGCGAGAUCAAGGAAAGCCUUCAAUGGCAGCAUCUGCUGAGAAGCAAAAAGGUGGCGCAAGCAAGGGCGAGUUGAACGACAAUGGGGUGGGUGAGGAAGUUAACCCUGACCAAUAUCCUCGUGCAGAACAAGGAAAGAGCUUUAAGUCGGACAACGUGCAAGGCGCAUCGCAGGAGUCCCACGUCCAAGCAAGAGCCGCUGCCGAUAGGAGAAGUGAUCCAAAUCUGAGAGGGUUUGAUCAGGCUAAGGAAGGCGCUAAUUUCGGCAAAGACCCUCGUGAACGAGCAGACGGCGGCCGACCUGAACGGGGUCGCGGCGGUUUCAGAGGUCGAGGCAAUCAUAACUUUCAAAACAGCCAGCAACAUCCUCCGCAUAUCUUCACCAACGGACAUGUUUCUCAGCCAUCGAAUGGAUACCCUGUCCGCCAGGGCUCUGCUCCAUACAGUCCCCCUCUCCAGCAACCACCGUUCAACAACCACUAUCCGAUCCCCUCUUCACGGGGAGGUCGUGGUGGCUCGCGAUCGCAGUCGAUACCUGGUGGCGCUGUGUAUGGUCGUUACCCUCACAGUGCGGGUCCUGUCGCUCAGCACAUGCCGCCUUUGCAAACAAAUGCGAUGUACGAUUAUCCGCAUAUGCAGCACUCAAUGAGCGCUGUUCCAUACAACCCGUACGUUGACCAGAUUUCUGUGCUUGGUAUGGUUACAAUGCAGCUGGAAUAUUACUUCUCCAUCGACAAUCUAUGCAAGGAUGUCUUCCUGAGAAAGCACAUGGACUCUCAGGGUUUUGUUUUCCUGUCAUUCAUUGCCGGGUUCAAACGAAUUCAGGCUCUUACUCAAGACUUUGAGAUGCUCCGAUUUGCGUGCCAGGAGUCAGAACUCCUCGAUCUCAUCAGAGGCGAGGAUGGCAUUGACCGAUUGCGGAGAAAGGAGGGCGGCGAGAAGUGGGUGCUUUCAAUGGAAGAGAGAGACGAGUCUGUCCGAAAUGCAGGACCUGCUUAUCAUCAGCGACCUCAAUAUGCGAGAUCCCUCCACAUGGGCCCCAUGGGAAUGUCUGGCAACCACUCGAUGUCACCCCCAGCUUUCUCUCCGAAUGGUACUGAGUCUACUUUUCGAUCAUUUGGUCACACAACGUCGGCUCCCCCGGUUGUAAAUGGCAAUGGCACCCAUUACCAUCCUGAGACUCCGCUGUCUGCUGCUGUGCCUGACUUUGCCCCCGGCAUGCUUGCUGCGAAUGGUGCUACCGAUCCUCUCGAGGCCGAGACGACUUUCAGUGAUGAGGAGGUUGCAAAUCUAACCCUCGUCUUCGCUGCCCCAAAGGGCGCGGAUGACUCGAAGCCUAAGGCGCCUUACCAUAACGCAUCGUCAAGAACAUUCUCUAAUGGUUCGAUCGACACCAGAUCAAUGGCUGAGGAGAUUCAUGAUGAUAAUCGCCAAGGUCGGACUCUCACCAAUGGGUCACAUGCGCCUGAAACCUCUCCUGAUGCUCUCCGGCGCUCACGGAGCCCUUUCAGUCCAUUGUCACCCACCAAGCCGGAUUCCAGCAAUGGCCCUCCAGUAAUGUGGGCUAAGGGCAAGCGGCAACAAGCUCCGGUUGAAGAGCACAAUCAUGAGGAGCCUUACACUUCCUUCCGUGCUAGAGCACUGAAGAACCGCGAAGCUUCUACUUCCGGAGAGACUCAUACCGAGAUGAAGCUUCUUUACGAGUUCUGGUCGCAUUUCCUUUGCCGCAAUUUCAAUUUGACGAUGUAUUCCGAGUUCCGAAAGUAUGCCUUUGAGGAUGCUGAAUCCAAGGCCACCAGCGGCAUGAAGAACUUGAUCUCCUAUUACGAUGAGGUUCUCAACAGCAAGAAGAAAGUGAUUCCUGAGACCCUUGCGCGCCACUACGUUGAGCUGGUCAAGGGCGAGGAUCAGAACGACCGCCCAGCUUUCGAACGACUUAGGGCCGCAUGGCGAAAUGGUGCUCUUGAUAUGAAGAGCAGAAAGAAGAUCGACAACUUUGUUGACCCGAAAUUAAGGGAGGAACUCGAACUUCCACCGAAGCCGAAAACCACCGAAGUUGUUGCUUAG